AUGAAGGUGGACAAGCUGAAGGUGCGCCCUAAGAAGAUUGCGGCGCAGGCGCCGUGUGCGGCAGAGUUCGCCUCGGUGCUUGCCUGCUGGGCCAGCUCGAACGAUAUCCGGUCGCAGUCGACGUGCCAAGAGCCGACGCGCGCGCUCCGCGAAUGCAUGGCUACCAGGCGCCCCGCUGUCAACCGCAGCAAGCCGACGAUCAACUACCAUCUUGCGCGCUUCUCGAAGCGCGUGUAA